AGUCCCCGGGAGAAGGGCCUUUGGCGAACGAAAAGGCGCUGGUGAAGCGUGUCCUCCCUUCCUACCCCACGGUAAGCGAGGUCGAGGUCACGGUCCCCUGGCCUAAGAAAGCCGCCCGGAUUGAUGUCUACUUUGUCCGUCGUCGCCCUGAAGACGAACCCGGUCCGGGAGGUCCCCGUGAAAAGAGCUUCUUUUAAAGACAUUCCAUCCAUUGUAAAAGGGUGAAAGUAGAUACUAUUCACCAUGCCUGCUGUUGCUUCAGUACCUAAAGAGCUCUACCUUGGAUCCUCAUUGAAAGAACUUAACAAGAAGACAGAAGUUAAAGCAGAGAAAAUAAGUACUAAGAAUUAUGUGCAGAGUGCCCUGAAGAUCUUCAGGACAGCAGAAGAAUGUAGAUUGGACCGUGAUGAGGAAAAAGCCUAUGUACUGUAUAUGAAAUAUGUAGCUGUUUAUAAUCUUAUCAAAAAAAGACCUGAUUUCAAGCAGCAGCAGGACUACUUUCAUUCAAUGCUUGGACCUGCAAACAUCAAAAAAGCUAUUGAAGAAGCUGAAAGACUCUCUGAAAGCCUUAAACUCAGAUAUGAAGAAGCUGAAGUUCGGAAGAAACUUGAAGAAAAGGACAGACGAGAGGAACAGCAGCUCCAGCAAAAGAAGGAAGCGGGACAGGAGGAUGGAAGAGUCUCAGCUAAGAGCUCUUUAGAAAAUGUAUUAGACUCCAAAGACAAAACCAAAAAGAUUAAUGGCGAAAAGAAGGAAAAGAAUGAGAAAGCUAAGAAAGGUGCAGUCACAGCUGAGGAAUUGUUCACAAUGAUGACAGAUAAAAACAUCAGUUUGAUUAUAAUGGAUGCUCGAAGUAUACAAGAUUAUCAAGAUUCCUGUAUUAUUAAUUCUCUAAGUGUUCCUGAAGAGGCCAUCAAUCCAGGAGUCACUGCUAAUUCGAUUGAAGCAAAACUUCCAGAUAAUUCUAAAGAUGCAUGGAAGAAGCGGGGGUACGUUGACUAUGUUGUACUUCUUGACUGGUUUAGUUCUGCCAAAGAUUUACAGCUUGGAACAACUCUGCAGAGUCUGAAAGAUGCACUUUUUAAGUGGGAAAGUAAAACUAUCCUGAAGAAUGAACCUUUAGUUUUAGAAGGAGGUUAUGAAAAUUGGCUCCUUUGCUAUCCCCAAUUUACAACAAAUGCCAAGGUAAUUCCACCUGCCCGUGGCAAGACUGAAGAAGUGUCGAUUUCAUUGGAUUUUACUUAUCCUUCACUGGAAGAGCCAGUUCCUGUUCACCCUGUAGCUCCGAUACCACCUUCUCCUGUAGCUAUUAAUGAAAAUGCAGAAUCGGGAAGUAAUCAAGAGAGGAUGGGAUCACUUAGUGUAUUAACUCCAGUUGGACCAGUUGCUACUGCUUCUAAAUCUGACAGUUCAUCUGUGUCUAAUCCAAUAUGUAUUGUGAAAAAUGUUCCUCAGAUUGAUCGCACUAAAAAGCCAUCAACCAAAUUGCCUGAUGAUCAUAGACCAAAAUCAGAAGCACCAGACCUUGAUCAUCAGCCUCCUCAGAAUGGGAAAGUUGUUCCUGAUCGUUCCACAAAGCCAAUGUAUGCCCCAGUGGUAGAUGCUUUAACAGAAGAAGAAAAGCUUCGUAUUCAUGCAGAAACCGCGCUUCUGAUUGAGAAGAGCAAACGAGAGAAAGAGCUUCGAGAAAGGCGUCAAGAAGAACAGAAAGAGAAACUAAAGAAGGAAGAACAGGAACAGAAAACCAGAGAGAACUUGGAGACUGAGGAGAAAGAGGAGGGAGUCAGGCUGCAGCAGGCUGACGAGGAAAGUGAUAAGAAAGAGGCGAAGGAGGCAGAGGGAGCGAAAGGGUCAACUAAAAAGGAGCAUGAAACAUCAGAGGCAGCAAAGCCCAUGGAAGACCGGGAAAAAGGGUGCCAGACGCCAGAAGUCCAGAAGAAACCAGUCGCAGAUGUUGCCCACUCAUCUGGCCUAGCAGAUCCAGGCUCUAGCAAGCCUACUAACGUUAAAGGACAACCAGAAAUUGGAAUUCCAAAGGCAGGAACUUUUAGUGAAAAUACUGAAGAUAAUGAAAAACCUAAAUCUCAGCGAGAGCCUUUGACAAGAGCUCGAAGUGAAGAAAUGGGAAGGAUAGUGCCAGGAUUGCCUGUAGGCUGGGCCAAGUUCCUUGACCCAAUCACUGGAACCUUUCGUUAUUACCAUUCACCCACCAACAGUGUUCAUAUGUAUCCACCGGAAAUGGCUCCUUCAUCUGCUCCUACUUCUACCCCUCCGACUCAUAAAGCCAAGCCACAGGUUCCUGCUGAGCGAGAUAGGGAGCCUUCCAAACUGAAGCGCUCCUACUCCUCCCCAGAUAUAACCCAAGCCAUUCAGGAGGAAGAAAAAAAGAAGCCAACAGUAACUCCAGCAGUCAAUCGGGAAAACAAACCACUGUGCUACCCCAAAGCAGAAAUCUCAAGGCUUUCUGCUUCUCAGAUUCGUAAUCUCAAUCCUGUAUUUGGAGGAUCAGGACCAGCUCUCACUGGACUUCGUAACUUAGGAAAUACUUGUUAUAUGAAUUCAAUAUUACAGUGCCUAUGUAAUGCUCCUCAUUUGGCUGAUUAUUUCAACAGAAACUUUUAUCAGGAUGACAUUAACAGGUCAAAUUUAUUGGGGCAUAAAGGGGAAGUGGCUGAGGAGUUUGGGAUAAUCAUGAAGGCUCUGUGGACAGGACAGUACAGGUAUAUCAGUCCAAAGGAUUUUAAAAUCACAAUUGGGAAGAUCAAUGACCAGUUCUCAGGAUACAGCCAGCAAGACUCACAAGAGCUGCUUCUAUUCCUAAUGGAUGGACUCCACGAAGACUUGAAUAAAGCCGAUAACCGAAAGAGACAUAAAGAGGAAAAUAAUGAUCAUCUUGAUGAUUUCAAAGCAGCUGAACAUGCCUGGCAGAAGCACAAGCAGCUCAACGAGUCAAUUAUUGUUGCACUUUUUCAGGGCCAGUUUAAAUCUACAGUACAGUGCCUCACGUGUCACAAAAAGUCUAGGACAUUUGAGGCUUUUAUGUAUUUGUCUCUACCACUAGCAUCCACAAGUAAAUGUACAUUACAGGAUUGCCUUAGAUUAUUUUCCAAAGAGGAAAAACUCACAGAUAACAAUAGAUUUUACUGUAGUCAUUGCAAAACUCGAAGGGACUCAAUGAAAAAAAUAGAAAUCUGGAAGUUGCCACCUGUUCUUCUGGUGCAUCUGAAACGUUUUUCCUAUGAUGGAAGAUGGAAGCAAAAACUACAAACAUCUGUAGAUUUUCCAUUAGAAAGUCUUGACUUAUCACAAUAUGUUAUUGGUCCAAAGAACAAUUUGAAGAGAUACAAUCUGUUUUCAGUUUCAAAUCACUAUGGGGGACUAGAUGGAGGACACUACACUGCCUACUGUAAAAAUGCUGCAAGACAACGGUGGUUUAAAUUUGAUGAUCAUGAAGUGUCUGACAUCUCGGUGUCCUCUGUGAGAUCCUCAGCAGCUUAUAUCCUCUUUUACACAUCAUUGGAACAGCGAGUAACAGAUGUAGCCACAUAAGAAGAGUACGUAGAAAGCUAGCUUUUUUUUUAAAGGCACAGCAGCACAACUUUAGAAAUUCAUAGUAAGAUGCAGAAUAGUUAUACACAACCAUUUAAAAGACAUAAGAGUGAGAGCUGUGUUACUGAAACUAAAUAUUUCAGGUCAGUGCUACUACUUUAUCAGGAAGCUGACAACAUCUAAUAAAUAUUACAGUAAGCAUCCUUUAUAGAUUCUACUUAUUUCGAAACAACUUUUUUAGUCUGCUCCCAGAUUAAAUUAUAACUCAUUCUUUGCGAUCCAUUUAAGCAUUAUUCUUAUCCUGGCCUAAUAGACCUCAUUGUAUACUUUUUUUUUUUUUCACUGUUAUGGCCUUUUCACAUUUCUAACCCUCAGCUUGAUUCUACUGUGAAUACUCUAGAAUGAUGUAAAGCAGGUAGGAAUGUAUGUGUAUAUAUUUAUUGCAUACUUGCACAUCAGACCUAUGUAUAUAAUUAAAAAAAAAAGUCCUUUCGUGAAGCCUAGAACUCAGAGGAUUGCUUUUUCUUUGCCUGUUCUAAAUAACUAAAAUGCUUUUUAGAGACACAACAAAGCAAAGCUAUUUUUAUGUUGGCUUUGGGAUGUAUUUGUGCACUUCAACUUUAUUCUAAAAAAGAAAUGGAAACUUUUCUUUAAUUUUUUAAUAUAUAAAUUUCAUGUACACCUGCAUUAAAAUCCCAAUGAGGAAAUUAUUUUAAAUCCCAAAAUGCUGUUAAGUGUUCUGUCUUGAUUGAAGUUUUCUCUUGUCUGAUGUAACACAGAAGAACCAUAAGCACCAACUUCAGCAUAUGUUUUUUCAUACUGUCUUCAAUCAACAAAUAGUUUGUUUAGACCAGAGGUGUCAAACAUGCGCCCACAACACUCCUGAGUACACCGAGAACCAGAUUUAAAUGUAAUUGGGAAAUAAAUUUAACAAAAGAAAUGAAAGUGCAAUAAAUAGGAAGUAUUACAUUUUAAAACUAAAACAAUAUGUAACCCAUAGGAAUCCUUAUGUACCCUUUAGUGGCCCCUGUUUCCAUUUGAGUUUGAUACUACUGAACUAUAAUAGCAAGUCUAACCAAAUAAAAGCUCUGAAUAAAGCAACAAUUAUCUGUCUCU